AUGAACACAACGGAGCGCCGAUCUUCCACGGCUGGUCAGGAUCAUACCGACCAGCCGUCGACUCGAAAUGCUAGCGUGGAAGACUCCAAGCAGGAUUCCUGCCGAUCGGACGAGGCGUUGCAAUCACAAACACAAGAACGAGUGCCCGCACCUGCACCAGCAAACGACAAACACGAUGCUCGCACGACGACUAAACAAGCGCCCCUACCAUUCACCGCCGCCGACCUGUCCGAAGCCCAAGCAACCCUACGGCAAGCGUUCCCCCACGUGUAUACCUCGUCGCGGACCCCCUCGACCCGUUCCUCCUCGAGCUCGUUACAGGCGCUGAACGAGGAUACCGUGGUCGAUGCCCGCACACAACUGGCCAAUAUUGGACGAACUUCUCGACGGUCGUCUCGGCAUUCGGACCUGCAGCCUGAAUAUCCCGUCUACCCCGAUCAGUCAUAUGCCUCCCUCCAGUCACAAGUCCAUCCCACCUGGGGGCUGCCCCCACAUCUGCGCUCACGGAGCUCUUACUCGACCCCACCGGCCGUGGAGACGUUCCAUCGAUUCCCUCGUGUCUCGCGCACCGCGGGCAACACUCCCGUGUCGAGCCCCGGACUUUUCUCGAUGAGGAGUCCACGCUCGACACCACUGGGCUCUGACGACGAAGGCUUGAUCAGCAGCCCCUAUCUCCAUCCCUCACACUUGCAACCGCCCAAGGAAACCCACACCGCCGAGGUGGAUCGUGACUCGAAGACGGGCAACAAGCUCAUCAACCAAUAUGAGAUUCUAGAAGAGCUGGGACGGGGUGAACACGGGAAGGUCAAACUGGGUCAGCAUGUGACAACUAAGCAGAAGGUGGCCAUCAAGAUCGUCCAGCGUUACUCGAAGCGUCGUCGGUUAGGCAAACUGGGCAACCCGGAAGACAAGGUGAAGAAGGAGGUGGCUAUUCUCAAGAAGGCGCGGCAUCCCAAUGUGGUGAGUUUGCUGGAAGUCAUCGACGACCCAAACCGGCAAAAGGUUUACAUCGUGUUGGAGUAUGUUGAGAACGGUGAAAUCGUUUGGCGGAAGAAGGGGCUCCGAGAGAUCAUCCACGUCGACAAGCUUCGACUUGACCGUGAGAAGAACGGAGUCCCCGACACCCCGGCCUUCUUGGAAGAAAGCCAUCAGUUCAUCCGGACGGCGCAGCACCUUCGUCGGCAACGUGAAAAGGCACGAGAGCGCAUCGAAGCGCAGGCCGCCGACGCUCAACAAGGCCCCAUUCCCGCAUGGAGUCUGGAACACGGUGCAGAGUCAUCAGAUGAGGAAGAAGGAGACGGACUCUGCCUCACGGUGCGGCGGACUUCUACCCGAUCCAACCGAUCUACCGCGCUUGUGGAUGAGAGUUCUCCCAGUCAGUCUUCUGCCCAAGAUGCCCUGGCUGCGAUUGAAGGCAGCAUGUACGGUGCCUAUAUGGAUUAUCCCUUCGAGCGACGCUUCAGCACCGCAUCCAGCAGCUUUGGAUACGCUCCGUCUGAACCGGAGUGGUCUGCAGAUACAGAUGACAUGUCAUAUGUCCCUUGUUUGACUAUUGCUGAGGCUCGCAGUGCGUUCCGCGACUCUGUGCUUGGCCUGGAGUAUCUCCACUACCAGGGUAUUAUCCACCGUGAUAUCAAGCCGGCCAACCUUUUAGUUACCGGCAGUCAUCGUGUCAAAAUCUCCGACUUUGGCGUCUCUUACCUAGGACGACCCAUGCGUGAUGAGGAAGAGGAGCAGGUCACCGAGACUGAUGCUGCGGAACUGGAUGAUGCUCGAGAGCUGUCCAAGACUGUAGGGACACCUGCAUUCUACGCCCCCGAACUCUGCUAUACCGGUGACGAAUUUGUGGACGACAUUGGGUCGGUGCCCAAGAUCACCGGCGCUAUUGAUGUGUGGUCCCUGGGAGUCACGCUUUACGGAAUGAUCUUUGGUCGUCUCCCGUUCCUCUCCGACGACGAGUACAGCAUGUUCCAAACCAUUGUGAAGAAGGAGGUCUUUGUCCCACGAAAGCGUCUCAUGCCCGUGAUGGACGACAAUGACUCCAUUUCCAGCCAACGGAACUACCGCGGCGUCGAUGAGCUUGUUUACGAAGAGAUUGAUGACGAACUCUAUGACUUGAUCCGACGCCUUUUGACCAAGGACCCGAUCAAGCGAAUCACACUGAAAGAGAUCAAACAUCACCCCUGGACCUUGUAUGGUUUGCCCAACCCUCAGGCGUGGGUUGAAGAGACCGACCCCGGGUACCAGAGCAAGGGCAAGAGGAUCGAGGUUUCCAACGAGGAAGUCACCAGUGCCGUCAGCAAGGUACCUUUCAUCCAGCGUGUGCGCUCCAACGUCGCGAAGUGGUUCUCUGGCCGGUCCAAGGACAAGGAAGGUCGCAAGCGCAGCUCAAACAACUCAUCCGACACAUUGUCAUCUAUUUCGAGCACUAGUACAUUCGGAAAGACGUCGCGUGACAGCCGUCGAUCAAGUCUCCGUGGUGAUGAAGAAAUCUUCCGAACUUCCAAGCUUGCCACCCAUGGAGAGCACCCUCUUGCCCAGAGCGUUACAGCCAGCCCGGUGGAGUCGGGUGCGCCUUCGGCCUCUUAUUUCGAUGCCGCGCCCAUUCCCGAACUGAAGCCGACUGCCCUUGCUCCAACUAUGCCAACCCGACCAGGUCCACCUCGUCGCGCUAAAUCAUCCAUGUCUACUGCCGAAUCGACCAAGACUGUCAAGCAGUCUACCGCCGAGCCUAACACCUCUCGCUCGCGAACAGGCACGCCUUCUAUCAUUGAAGCCCUGGGAACGACGAAUUUCGGGAGUCUCUUCACCGGCGCCAGUCGGCGUGUCUUCACUGCUAGCCGUAGCAGACGUGGCUCGCUAUCUGGCGAUUCAGCUUCCCUGGCAUCUCUGGAUGCAGAGCGCCAUUCCGAACCGAGUCUCGCUUUGAGCAAUGCCUCUGCGAUCGGUCAAGUGCGGACAACGGGACUGUGGCAUUCUCAAGUCCCUUCACCGAUUGAAGGCGCAGGCUCCAUAUCCGCCCACCGACGGAACCGCUCCCAACAGCUCAUCGGCAAGUCUUCCGCGGAGUCUUUCCACCUCACCAGGGAUGCUCUGCUCCGCCGUCGGCGAAGCGACAUCGACACCGGGGCAGACGAGACUCACGCUCUUGCUAAUCGCGUUGACUACGCCAUGUACUCAACCGAAUCGCUCGCGCUCCCCACCACAGUCCCCGCUCACGUCCCCGCCCCUGAACCAGUGUGCUCCACCGAGGCUCCGAACAGGGGGCUUACCAACUCGACGCCGUCUGCAGCCACUAUCUCCUCUUCGUCAGCCGAUGACUUUACCAGCGGCAUGUCUCAGAGCGCGUCUCAUCCGAGCAUUCCCUCUGUGAUAUCAGGCGCCUCAUCUCUCUCUGGCGAUGGGUUGUACCUCGGAUUCAGGGAUAAGGAUGCAGACGACUCGAGCCAAGUCCCGUCCAUUCUCCGAACGGGGGAAACCGUCAAACCCCGCCGGCUAGACUCCCCGCGGCCAGAGGAAGAUGAGUCGAGGUACUACUGCGACGAUGAGGAUGAGACCGAGUCUGAAGACGAAGGCCUCGUGAUCGGCAAGAAGAAGCCUGCGCCUAAGCCCGUGGCAAAGCCUGCUGUUGGUUCUUGA